GCUCUCAUUGGACAAAAGCGUGGUCUCUGGCGCGGGGACCUCAGAGUUUCCCGGGCACUCACCGAGUGUACUUGGCAGCUCUGCGCGUCCGAGUAGUCGAUCCCGGCACCCCUGCCCGCGGGUCUGUUGGUGUUCAGCUCGCGUCCUGCAGACGUCCGACGCGCUCCAGUUGGAGACCGAGGUUCCCGGGCUCUGUAGCUGAGUGGGCGGCAGCACCGGCGGAGAUGCCUGGAAAGAAGGCGCGCAAGAACGCGCAACCGAGCCCAGCGCGGGCUCAGGCAGAGCUCGAAGUCGAGUGUGCUACUCAACUCAGGAGAUUUGGAGACAAACUGAACUUCCGGCAGAAACUUUUGAAUCUGAUAGCCAAACUCUUCUGCUCAGGAACCUGACUGCAUCAAAAACUUGCAUAAGGGGACUCCAAACGAGAAUUUUUCUCAGGAGGUGCACGUUUCAUCAAUUUGAAGAAAGAUUGCAUUGUAAUUGGGAGGAAUGUGAAGGCACAUUCACGGGUGCCCUUGGAAACGGAAGAUGGAAUACAUCAAAGUGAAUUUCUGCUCGAGAUUUCCCAGAUUAUCAUUCUUUGGGAUGAGAGAACAUUAUAAAAUCACUUUGUUUGUUUUAAAGCAAGAAUGGAAGACCCUUGAAAAUAAAGAAGUAAUUAUUGACACAUUUCUUUUUUACUUAGAGAAUUGUUCUAGUGUUUUUGCUGAAGGUUACUGCUGGCCUGGUGUAAAGGGAGAUGACCGAUGAUUAGACUGGGCGUCUGGGAAGACACAGUUCAGUGCUUUGUUGUUGCUGUUUUUGAUGUUUUGCUUUUCAAUGCCAACUCAGCACCAUGUAUAUGAUUCAGUUUAUACAUAUUACCUUGUUAUAAGGAAAAAAUUCAUUCUGAGAACACUGAAAUGUUAGAGUCAAUGUUAAUUUCUUAGGUCACUACAUAACAUAAAAUCAUUUGUUUCUUUUGACUCAAAUUGUAUGGCUUCUGUUCAGAUGAUCUUUCAUUCAAUGUGUUCCUGUUGGGCAUUAGUGGAAACCAUGGAAAACUGGAAAAUAACUUUGAAAAAAUUGGAUUAGAAGUAUAGGAGGGUUACUUGGGGCCAGUAAAUCGGUAGACUGAACAUUCAAUAUAAUAAAAGAAUGCAGGGAUUUUGUAUAACCAGGGAUAAUU